AUGGCAGAGAAGGGUACGGGACGCAUAUUGUACGCCCCCCUUUGGAGGGCUUUGUCUGUUUUUCUCUUCCUUUAUUUUGGCUACUACUCCUUUGUGAAGGGCUCGGCUUGGGAAGGCGUUACAGAUGAAGAGGCCAAAAAUGUGAAGCACCUAACCCACGAGGUAGAGUUACAAAUAUACAGUCAGCACACACCUAAUUGUAUAGCUCUGUUUUGCAACAACAAGGAAGCAGCAUGCAAAGAUGUAUACAAAGAAUUCGUCUUGGCAUCAAAUGAGUUAGCCAGUGAAGAAAUAGCAUUCGUCUAUGUAGAUACAAUUCCACUAAAAAAAACGGCAGAGAAUUUUGACAUCAAAAAUGUCCCCACAAUUUUAACCUUUAAAGAUUUUGAUCCAGAAAAAGGAUAUACGUUUGGGAAAAAAUAUACAAAGGAAAAUAUUAUAGAAUGGUUUAAAUUACUUCCCAUGCCAUCUAUAGAAAUGAUGGAGAAAGACCAUGUUGAAAAAUAUGUGGAAAUGCAGAAGAAAAAAGGGUAUGCCAGUAUUAUUGCUUUUUGUGUAAAGAAUUCUGAUAAUGUUCAUAAGUUUUUUCAUUUUGGUGAAACACACUCACUACCUAAUUUAUCCGUGGGGAUGGUGUACAUCGAUCUGGAGACUGAAGCAAAAAUUGAAAUAAGCAACGGACCAGGGGCUACCAUUCCAGAUGGCAACACAAAGUAUAAGGAUGUAUAUAAGCCGGACAAGAACGUUUGGGUGUCUAGUGAUAUCCUUAAAUUCGCCAGUGAGUACAUGGCGCAAUUCCCCGUGAUUAUCAAUUAUAAGAGGUCCUUAUACAAGGCUCAGAAGGGAGAAAUUUAUGUCUACCUGUAUAGUAACUUUGGGCACUACUCCGACGCGCUGUACGUGGAGUUGGCCCCCGUAAUACGGGAGCAUCACCCGCAGCUCCGGUUCGUCUUCCCGAAGAGCGAAGAAGUAGCCGAAUUGCUGGGUACGGUCAAGAGCGGCAAUUUUAUCCUCGUGGUGGACUAUAGGGACGCGACGGUGGAUGUCCUAUUCGGUUUACUGAGGCCCAAGAAAUACAUGAAGCACUUGGAGAGCGAGAAAAUAAACGCAGAACAACUUUCCCAUGUUAUUUCCGAAUUUUAUGAGAACCAACUUGCUAAAAUAAAAAAAUCAGAAAAGGAAGUAAAAAGAAGAGAACAAGAGAAAUACCAAAUUGUAUGUGCCAAUAAUUUCGAUACAUUUGUGUUAGAUCCAGAAAAAAUCGUUUUACUUUUUUAUCAUGUAGAGGGAUGCAAAGAAUGCAAACCCCUUUUUUCUUUCUGGUCUCGUGUGUCCAACUUUUUUCAUUUGGAAAAUAAAUAUAAAAAUGUUCUAGUGGCCACCAUGGAUGCCAAGUUAAAUGACAUGACUGAUGAGACCGUUGAUUUUUACCCCAGCGUGGCCAUUUACCCCACAGGUUCAAACAAACUGAAAAGGAAAAAAUUUCUUCUCUUCCCCCUCAAGUUGGACACUUUAAUCGAUAUAGUGGACGAGUUGUUGGAAGUCGAGGAGGACCUGUGA